AUGGUGAGAACUGCAGAUUUCGCCGCCGCGUCACGCCCUUUCAGAGCUGACGUCGAGCUCCACGAUGUUGAGGUAGAAGGAGUGAUUCCGAAGGAGCUAGACGGCACAUUCUAUAGGGUUGUACAAGACCAGUAUUAUGAUGGGUCAUAUUAUGAAAAUGGAACCAAGACCAUCCCCUUUGACGGAGACGGAAGCGUCAGCGCCUUCAGAUUCAAAGACGGUAAAGUCUCUUUCCAGCAGAAAUACGUCUUGACGGAGCGUCUGGUCGCGGAGAGAAAGGCUGGCCGAUCUCUCUUCGGGAUAGUCAAGAACCCCUUCACCCAUCACCCAUGCGUACGCGCCGUUGUAGAUACUGCGGCCAACACUAAUGUCGUGGUUCAUGCCAACAAAUUGCUGGCAGUGAGCGAGGGCGGACCGGCCUACGAGCUCGAUCCGAGUGAGUUCGAUAUCGAGCUAUGUGUGGAGGUUCGGUUGCUGAAGUUUCCAAACCUCUAG